UCAGCGCCAGCUGCUCAACGAGAGAUUAAAGUGACCCAUGGCAAGGACCGUGAUUGCACACCCUGACGACAUCGGUUUAUACCAGGUGUAGGUGCUAAAUGACAGUCCCGAGAUAGUAUAUAUCUUAGUUAAUUGCAGCUGGUGCAAUAAUUCGAUAAUCGGAUACGCCCGACAGCGCCAGCGUUAAUAUUCCAAUACCAGAUUAUUUUGUAGUAUUCUGUAUAAAGGUUAGGAUUUUUGGAUACCUCUGGGCUAUAAAAAUCGGCUACUGUUUUUAAGAAAACUGUCUGGUCGAAACAUACACCCCUGGAUCAAAUUUAAGUUUGUCGGUGGAUCCGCGAUUUUCAGCGCGAUGGAAAGGUUGACUCUUGCCCAUUCUGCACUGAGAACAUGCGAAACUCCAUCCUGCACGAGGGCGUACCAUCACUACACUCAAAUGAUAUUCUCAAUCUAGACAACUUCGGACAUGGGCCCGAAAAAAUUGAAAGCAUAGUCAUGACCAACAAACUUUGCUGCCCUGGGAACAAGUGUUCUCUAUCCCAAUUCGGAUUUGAUCAUCCUCGUCCGAUGGUGUUUGUCACACCGCAGUGGCACUUCCACCCCUGGUUUUACAUCACAUACAGGGCGUUUGCAGCGAUUUACUGGUUGGUGAUUUUGAUAUGCAGUGGGGCCAUCGACUACAACGGAUGGUACACCAAACCGGAAUACGCUGUGCGAUGGUUUGUCUUUUUAACAUCGUGGAACCAAACCCUCAUGACAGUGACUGCCAUUCUUCUAGCAGUAUUCACCAUACACUACUAUUAUGAUGAAAGCCUGAUGAGAAAAGAUGCCGUGGUUUUGCCGAAAAUGCCCAUACGAUUCCGUAUCAUAUGGUUGUUUUAUAGUCUCUACUCGCCAAUUGCCUGUCUUAUCACAUCGGGUUAUUGGUUAUUGCAGUAUGAGGGUGGGACCCCACAUUUCAUCGACCUUAAUCUUCACGGAAUCAACACUGUCUACGUCAUCGUUGACGUCAUACUGAGCCACAUCCCCUUCAGGAUACAACACAUCUUCUACCCGAUGAUGUAUUCCGGCGUGUACUUUAUAUUCAACGCAAUCUAUGCAAUAGCAGGUGGUAAAAGUCCAACCGGACUGCCGUAUAUUUAUAAAGUGCUGGAUUGGCGAUAUCCACGGAAGACAUCAUUGAUAGCGAUAUUGGCCAUACUGGUGGCGACACCUGUUGCUACUCUCUUCCUGUGGGGACUCUCCAUCGGCAGGGAUAAAUUAAAUGGACUCUUGUAUGAAAAGGACUCGGAGGAGGAGGAGAAUGAUGUCCCUGUAUGUGCUUAUGAAAUGAUUGACAAUUGAUCUAAAGGUAUGGGCUGCGGUCCUCGUAUAUACUACCUUCGUUCACACAUAUGCAGUAGUCAGGUUAAGGGUUAACCGCAGAAGAAUUGUAUCGACUUUUAAAUUUCGCCUCUUAAGAAGUCAUGUCUAGCCACAUGAUUACGUCCUGAUAUUGGGAUUUGGCCUCCUCGCGAAUACAAACUUUUAGGAAUUCCUCGCGAUGAAUGUGUGUUUUUUCGGUCUUGCUAUUCAUUAACUACUGGUUGGAGAAGUAUUCGUGUAGCACUGUACAUGUAUAUAUCAUGAGCAUGAUUGUAAGGCAAUCAUAGAGAAGAGUGGCUCCAACACAGAAGUAAUAAAAAUGUAGAGCACGAAUAUUCAGAAAAAAUGUAUUUCAUCGAUAUA